AUGGCCCCUCGCGGCGCGGCGCCCAUCCUGCCGCUGGCGCUUGCUCUGACCGCCGUGGCCGCGGUGUCCUGGGCACGGGGACCGUCGGGCACGCUCUGGUCCCGGCAGGGCUGCGCCGCGCUGGGCCGCUGCUGCCCGGGCCGUGACCCGACCUGCGCGGCCCGCGGGCCCCCUCGCUGCUUCUGCGAUCAGGCGUGCAGAGAGGUCCGGGACUGCUGCCCCGACUACGCGCGGGCCUGCCCAGGUGCGCCCCCGGGAGCACGUGGCAUGGGCGGAGCUCCCAGCGAGGAGGGGAGCAGGGUACCGGGGUGCGACGGUACAAGGAAGAGAGGAAGCCGCCCUCGGAGGGGGUUCUGGAGCCGGAGGGGCGCAGGAGCAAGGGGGACGGGGACGCUCAGGACACCAGGCGAAGCGUGGGGCUGGAAAGCGGUCUCCUGCGUCGUGGCAGAGUGGAGCAGCUGGAGUCGCUGUGUCAAGCCCUGCCAGGUCUCUUACCGUCUCCGCCAAAGGCAUGUCCUGCAGGAGCCAAGGAACGGGGGUGCUCCCUGCCCCCCAUUGGAGGAGCGGGCUGGCUGCGUGGAGUACUGGAGCCACCAGGGGGUGGAGUGCCAACAGUCCUUGCUCCCUGCUCUGAUAACCACAGGCAGCUACGGGAAAGAACGAGAAAAGCGAGGUGUCCCCAAGAAGCAGGAGACAAUAGGGUACUGUGUCCAGUUCCGGCUGGGGCCCGUUCCAGGGAGCUGCCAGCAGGUGAGGGCGCCCCAUGCCCAGUGGACAAGGUAUCUGACCCAGGGCCACACAGUUUGUGUGAGGUGUGAGUGGCCUGCCCAGGAUGCCAGGAGCCGGCGCUGCUACGGGGAUGGUGGAGGGGCCGGAGGGCACCAGCUGUCGCUGUGGCAAGCAGCCGGCCACCCCCGGUGCCGAGGGACCUGGGAGAGGCUUGGGCAGCUCCAGGACUGUUCCUGCCCCGAGGUCCACAGCCUCGUCUUCCUCUAGCAGUGGUGACCCCCGUCUGUCCAGAGCCCUUCUUUCCAAGGCCUCCCUGGGUGGCAGGGAAACCCCCAGGGCUUGGGAUCCUCCAGGACGAGGGAGUGGGGAGAAACCUGCACAUCUGAGACUGAAGGAGCAAGCCUUGUCCUUAUGCUGACACUGAAAAUAGCUUUAUGUUUCCACUGGGUGCCAGCUGAGUCACAGCCUUACUGCCAUCUCCCUCUAGUUCAGGGCUUCCCAAAUUUCAUCUCCUAAAUACACCCUUCUCCAUUUUGCCCUAUUUUCCUUACCUGUAC